AUGAAACUCUUAUCCUUGUUCCAACUCGUUAAGCCAAGAAUCACGAAUACCUUCCACUCUAGGUCUAUUUAUCAGUCAGCAAAAAGAUUGGCUCUCACCACAUUUAAACUAUCCGAUAUAGGAGAAGGUAUAAAUGAAGUCGAGUUGUUGAAGUGGGAGAAGAACGUCGGCGACCAGGUGGAGGAGAUGGAGUCGGUUUGUACCGUACAAAGUGACAAGGCAGCCGUUGAAAUAACUAGCAGAUAUACGGGCACAGUGAAGAAGUUGUAUGUCAACGAGGGAGACACUAUAAAGAUAGGAAGUCCACUCAUGGACAUAGAUACGGUCGAUGAGGUACCCGAAAAUAAUAUUAAUGAUCGUAGUAGUAAUUUCGGUAACGAAAAGAGAAAUUAUAGCACCCUUGUCAAGAAUAGAAACUUACCGAUUGAAACCCUCGAAAAUGAAAAAAGAACAUUCUCAUCGACCGCUAAGGGGGCUGAGGAGAAGAAGGACGACGAUGUGGUUGAAGUUAAGUUGGACAUGAUUGGAGCAGCAAUGGCAAAGUCAAUGACAGCAUCGCUGCAAGUGCCGCACGUCACAAUAGGGGAGCAGGCGGACAUGACAGGCCUUAAGGCGCUGUACAAAAGCCUGAGAGAAAACCCGCCGAAAUCAGCAGCAGAAGAGGGACUUGAGCCAGUAAAGGUGACGAUCACGCCGUUCAUCAUCAAGGCGCUCUCGCUGGCGCUGGAAAAGGUGCCGAUCAUGAACUCGAAGUUCAACGGCGACUCGUACCUGCUCUACAAGAACCACAACAUCAGCGUCGCAAUCAACAGCAAGUACGGCCUCGUGGUCCCCAACAUCAAGAACGUGAACAAGCUGACGGUGAGGCAGAUUCAGAGGGAGCUGAACCGCCUCCAGGAGAGCGCCAACAGCAGGAAGCUGGGCAUGGCCGACAUCAGGGGCGGCACCUGCUCCCUGAGCAACCUGGGACCCAUAGGCGGCACCUACGUCAUGCCGAGGCUGUUCGACGGCCAGGCGACGAUCGUGGCCAUGGGGAGGCCGCUCGACAAGGCGGUACCAGAGGACUUCAGGCUCGAGCUCAGGUCCUUUUGCAACCUCGCGGUCACCUCGGACCACCGACACCUGGACGGGGCUACUAUUGCCACCUUCGCAGUCCACCUCAGGCUACUGCUCCAGGACACGGAAGAGCUGAGAAAACACUUCUAA